UAUUCUAGCAGCUAAUGCUGCCAGGAGGCUUUGGUGACGUUGUGUUUGUUAUGAAGUGACAUCAGCCCGCUGCUCUCUCCUUCCUUGGCGCUGGUCUUCUUUCUCACAUACUAUAGUACUGUGUACUUUAUGGGAUCGUUGCAGUUUUAGCGACUGGAUAAAUACUCUUAAGAUGGACAACGGCUUCAUGAACAUGGCGUCCAUAGGAGAAUUCGACCCUCUCCAUGCCAGUAUCCCGGCCACUAAAGUUGAGCUCACAGUGUCCUGCAGAAAUCUUUUGGACAGAGACACAUUUUCUAAAUCGGAUCCAAUUUGUGUUCUGUAUACACAAGGAGUUGGAAACAAAGAAUGGAGAGAAUAUGGAAGAACAGAAGCUAUUGACAACACUUUGAAUCCUGAUUUCGUAAAGAAAUUUAUGCUGGACUAUUUCUUUGAAGAGAGGCAGAACCUCCGGUUUGAUUUGUACGAUGUUGAUUCAAAAAGUUCAAACUUAUCAAAACACGAUUUCCUGGGCCAAGGUUUCUGCACUCUGGGGGAGGUGGUUGGAUCACAAGGCAGCCGACUAGAAAAGCCUUUGGUGGGAAUCCCAGGAAAAAAAUGUGGAACAAUUAUUGUAAAAGCAGAUGAGCUGAACAACUGCAGAGAGGUAGUGAUGAUGCAGUUUUGCGGCAGUAAAUUAGAUAAGAAGGACUUCUUCGGGAAAUCUGACCCCUUUUUGGUCUUCUACAGAAGCAAUGAAGAUGGAACGUUUACCAUCUGCCAUAAAACAGAAGUAGUGAAGAACACACUGAAUCCAGUAUGGCAGGUAUUUCGAAUCCCAGUCCAAGCUCUCUGCAAUGGGGACUUCGACAGAACAAUCAAGAUUGAGGUGUACGACUGGGACAGAGAUGGAAGCCAUGAUUUUAUCGGAGAGUUUACUACAAGCUACAGAGAACUGUCAAGAGGUCAGUCACAGUUUAAUGUGUAUGAGGUGAUAAAUCUCAAGAAGAAAGGAAAGAAGAAAAAAUACCUCAAUUCUGGAACAGUAACUUUGCUGUCAUUUGCAAUUGAAACCGAAGUCACAUUCCUUGACUAUAUAACGGGCGGGACACAGAUCAAUUUUACCGUGGCCAUUGAUUUUACUGCAUCAAAUGGUAACCCAGCCCAGCCAACCUCUCUCCACUACAUGAGCCCUUAUCAGAUGAAUGCAUAUGCGAUGGCACUUAAGGCUGUUGGAGAAAUCAUUCAGGACUAUGACUCUGAUAAGAUGUUUCCAGCUCUUGGGUUUGGUGCGAAGCUACCACCAGAUGGAAGGGUGUCACAUGAGUUUGCCUUGAAUGGAAACCCUCUUAAUCCAUAUUGCUAUAGGAUUGACGGAGUAAUGGAGGCAUAUUACCAGAGUCUGAAGUCUGUGCAUUUGUAUGGGCCCACAAACUUUUCACCUGUCAUCAACCAUGUAGCAAGGUAUGCUGCCUCUGUGAAAGAUGGCUCACAGUAUUUUAUUUUGCUGAUUAUAACAGAUGGAGUGAUCUCAGAUAUGGCACAGACAAAAGAGUCGAUUGUCAAUGCCUCUACCCUUCCAAUGUCAAUAAUUAUUGUUGGAGUUGGACCAGCAGAAUUUGAUGCAAUGAUUGAGUUGGACGGUGAUGAAAUUAGAAUAUCAUCCAGAGGUAGAUAUGCAGAGAGAGACAUCGUUCAGUUUGUCCCAUUCAGAGACUACAUUGACAGGACGGGAAACCACAUCCUGAGCAUGGCCCGUUUGGCAAAGGAUGUACUUGCGGAGAUUCCGGACCAGUUCUUGUCUUACAUGAAAGCAAGAGCGAUCAAGCCGUCUCCUGCACCCCCUCCCUACACACCCCCCGGGCACCCUCUGCAAACCCAGAUCUGACCUUCCUAAUCGCCUGCCACCCCUAGCCCUCCACCCAUCAGAACCACUAUGUGCUGCCCAGACAUCUCUUCUAUCUGCUUGCACUAUGUAGACUGGGAUGACUCCAGAACUCGAAAGCAUCUCUGAUGACAUGUUUACUUCCAUUUAAAGUUCUUCUUUAAGGACUUUAAAAAAUUGAACGGUACAGACAGGUUGCGUACAAAUCUGGAUGUCUUCAUGAAUGCCUUGGAAAUAAAGCAGCUUUCCUGAAGGAGUUGAAGCUUAGAAAAACAGAAAGCAGGAACAAAGGAAAGUCACAAAGGAACAACUCCUAAAAUGUUAAUGGGGGAAAAGGUGUAACCAUGUUUUAACAGUCUAACCCUGUUUUAACAGGAUUCCUAAUCCUGGACUGUUGUAAAUAACCAUGGGAAUGCUUUUCCUCUAUCUCUUAAUGUUUACAUGUCAAUGAUUUUUACAGUGGAAUACUUUUAUAAUCAUACUUUAAAUAUAAACUUUGGAAUAAUUAUACUUCUUGUGUGUGCUACCUUGCAGAUGAAACGUACUAAAAAGUGAAACCAUAUCCCUUCUUUAGAGCAUUCUAGGCUUUUGCUGGGGGGGUGCCAAAAGAGCUGCAGUGAGACCUGUAUUUAGAGCCAACAUAAUCAAAAGGCUGCUGGUCUUGAAAUUACCUUGCUAUCAAUUCCUUGUUGUCUAAUGUAAAAUAACUUGGACCGUCUGCAAAGGUAGCUUAUUUAACCUCAACAUCCUCUUUAUACAGGUUUAACUAUAUUCUGUGUUUUCUAAAUGCAUUUAAUAUCAACGCGUUCAAAUCAUUCUUAACAGUUAAUUUGUUGUUCUUAAAGAAAGAAACAAAAAAUAACACCAAUUACAAUUUUACAAUUUUGAAACUAUAAGAAUUAAUUUAUUAUUUAUUAACUUUUUUUAGGUGUCUUUUUUUGAGAAAAUCAUGCUAAUGAAGAUUUGGUGUAAAAGGCUUUGAAAAUCUAGGCCCUGGAAACAUUACAUUAUAUAUAGUUGUAUAUAUAAUGUUGGAUUUUCACAUAAAAUAUUAUGUUAUAAUAUUAUUGGAAACAAAGGUCCCCUAUUCACAAAUGUGUCUUUUUAAAGUUUGUGUUUAAUAAAGUUUUGUAUGCAUUUUAAAUAUGACUAAAAUAAACCGUUAAAAUUGCUUAACAAACUUUUUGACUAGAAGUCUAGCUGAAUUGAGACAUUGAGAAAUACUUCCAGGCAUAGCAUUUGUCAAAUAAUGAAUGAGUUUCUUUUAUAAUUACUGUACGUACUACCAUUGAGGGUUUUGUAGUUAUGGAUGCAUUUUAAAUAAACUAAUAUCAGCCUACAA